GGCCUUCUUACGGGCGUACGGGAGUAGGUAUAGCCUCUACCAGGCCUUCUGACGGGGACGAAUCGCAGACUUCGGCAAAAUAGGCAGAAUUGGUCAAGAGAGCCAGCUCGCGGCAUUUAUGCCAAACACUCAAAUUGUUUUCCCCGGGGCCAUAGCCAUGGCAGUCAGUCUGCCUGGUACUGUUAGCUCUUGAUGUCGGACCGGGCCGCUGAUUUGCCGGACCGGGCCGCUAGCCGGAGACCGUCGGGGGCACAGCGGGUUCCUCCCGAAGGCGGGUACGGCUGGGCCGCUGAUGUGCCGGACCGGGCCGCUGACCGGAGCCCGUCGGGGGCACAGCGCGGGCCUCCCGAAGGCGGGUACGGAUGGGCCACUGAUGUGCCGGACCGGGCCGCUGAUCGGAGCCCGUCGGGGGCACAGCGCGGGCCUCCCGAAGGCGGGUACGGCUGGGCCGUGUGUCUGGCCGCCAUGUGGACCAACGGGACGAUCUUCGGGCUGCUCAACACGUCCGGGGUUCUGUUCGUGGCGCUGCUGGAGGCCUUCCCGGGGUCAGACGCUUUCCAGACAGCUUGGGUGGGUUCUACAGCCAUAGGAGUGACGUUUUUCUGCUCGACCCUGGCCAGCGUGCUGACGGACCAGUUCGGCUGCAGACCCACGGCCGUGGCGGGGGGAGUGGUGGCGUUUAUCGGAAUGCUGUCCAGCUCCGCCGUGUCCCACCUGCAGCAGCUGUAUCUCACCUACGGGGUGCUGGUGGGGCUGGGUUCGUCUCUCGCCUACACCCCCUCCCUGGUCAUCCUCGGGCACUACUUCCACAGGCGGAUGGGUCUGGUGAACGGCCUGGUGACGUUCGGCAGCAGCCUGUUCACCAUGGUGCUGCCGAUACUGCUCCGCUUCAUGCUCAGGGAACUCGGACUCUUCCCGACAUUCCGCGCGCUCAGCGGGCUGGUGGGCACUCUGGUGCUGUGCGCCUGCGCGUACGCGCCGCUACUGGAGAAGCGCCCCCGGGCGUUGGAGAACGGGACUGCAGGGAACAACAGAAGAAGAACAUUCGUGGAGAAGGUCAAAAAGCACCUGAACUUGAGAAUAUGGCGGAACAGAAGAUACGUUAUUUGGGCCAUAGGUGUUCCUUUCGCGCUGUUUGGAUACUUCGUGCCGUACGUACACAUAGUAAGUACUGGAGAUUUUCGACUUUUCUUCUACAUUUGUACUAGGGAAUACAAGUAACGUUACAUUUUACAUUUACGCUAAUGAUGACCAU